AUGAGGAUGAUGUACUCGUCUCGAGUGAUUGUCAUUGGGGCUACCCUAUUAGCCUCAUUAGCAGGCAUCACAACGACAGAAGCGGCAGUAUCGGCCAACAAGGUGGAUCGUUACUGGACCGAUGCCCAAGAUAUCUUGAAUAAUGUGGAUCAAUACCAAGCCUUGUGGGUCAAGUUCCACAACUGUGUUUGGAGUGAAUGCGCGGUGGACGACAACGACGAUGAUGGCGAAGGCCGUGACGGUGAUGAAAAUUGGUACCAAGGCCGUAUACAAGAAUUCUGUGCCAAUGCUGCCUACUCCCUGUAUGGAAUCCCCAAGAACUGGAUCUCGGCUCCGUUAAUGGGCUGCAGUCAAGGACAUUACAUUGAUUCCUUCUUUACCUACAACAGUUCAGAUGUUUUCUUGAGAGCGCUGGGGGACAGCAACACAAACAACUUGUUCAACGAUGAUGAACUAAUCUGGGGAGUUGGAAAGGGUGGUGCUGGGUGUCAUGACAAUGGGGAUGGUUCCUCCAGUGCACUUGGCUGUACGGUCGAUGGAAAGUAUGGACUUGCCACCUUUGGCGAUGAAUACUGCGAUGGAAAUUACUUUUACUCAAUUGAAGCGAUGCACGAUUACUCGUCAAAGAUCCAUACCAGUUGCCAUUUGAUCUAUGGACGCAAUGGAUGGGUCAGUGGAACUUCGGAUUUCAUAUCCGAGUUGCUGUCGAAUUCCUGGUCCUGCGAUGUGGAACUCUAUCCCAAUGGAUGUCCCGAUCCGUAUGGAAAGAAAAAAAUCAAGUCCAAUGCCUUGCAUGCCGCUAGUAAAGGAUGGAAUCCAUCGCUUGCCUACAACAACUCGAGGUUCAAGCGUCCCAUUCGCAUCACUGCCUGGUUCUUUUUGAUCUUGGGAAUCUUUUUCUUUUUGUUUUCCUAUCGUCUCAGCAACAAGGAUCGCAUCAAGAAGCGCGGAGGUGGUCUCCGUGGUAUGAUCUUGGUGGCCCGUGAGGACUACGAAAACUACAAGAGACGACGAGAAGAAGAACGUCGCGAUCGUCUUCAAGCAGAAUACGACGAGGACAACAAGGUCGCCAAGGGGUGGAGGCGUCGCCGAAAGUCCAAGGGACGCGAAAACGAAACGCCCGAAGAACGCAAAGAACGCAAAAGGAAUAAGAAAAAGAAGAAAAAGCGAUCGUCUCGUAGCAAAUCUCGCAGUAAGUCCCGUGAUCCGGUCACCACUGCCGGCAACGAUGGCACGCAAUACGGUCGAUACGAAGAGGACUACCACUUGCCCGAAGUUGCGUAG